CUGGGGAGCUCAAAGGCGGAGCUCAAUGCCGCCAAGAGGGAGCAGCGCAAAGCCGUCGCGGCCGACGAAGUGUCGGAAAUGGCCCGACGUGCUCGCGAGCGACGAGCUGCUCUUGCGGCGGAAGGGGGUGAGCCAUCUGCGGUGGCCUUAAGCCAGCUGGCUCUGGAUGGGGUGGACUUAGUCCUGAAGGUUGCCACCAAGUCCGGCAGCCUGAAGGGCACGUUCACCCGUGGCUUAAAGGAGGCUGCCGCGGAUAUCAGGGAGGCGGUUGGCAUCCUCCUCAACAGGACGGCCUCUGACGAGGUCGCAAAGUUACAGGAGGAAAACAGCCGCCUCAGAAAUGACUUAGAGGACCUCCGGCGGCAAGUUGCUGCGUUGAGCGAGCAGCAGCAGCAACGCACGUCCAGCGAUGCCGCACCUGUAGUGGACCCGACUCCCGCACUGCGACCGGCAAGCCUUCGUACCGACGAAGAGGUCGAGCGCAUUGUCCGGCUCUGCAUGCUCCAGUGCGGGAGCAUGGUUAACGCUCGGCUGGAGGCAAUUUCUCGGCGUCUCCCGGUGGAAAUCCUCCGUCCGCCUUUAGCGGCUGACACGCGGAGGACUGAGGAGCCGCCGAGACUUGCGCCUCAAAAGGGGAAGCCCGCGGAGGGUAACAAAAAGCCCGCGGAGGGAGCUCCUCCGAGCAACCAGCCCACGACUGCCGGGUCUAAGGGUGAGACCUGGGCGAAAGUCGUGGGCCGCAAGAAGGCCCGCAAAGCCGCCAAGAAGGCCGCAGCAGCCGCAUGUGCCCCAGGUGGAACCGCAAAGACGGCUCCUAAACCUGCACAGCGGACUGCCAAAGGCGGUCGCAAGAGACCGGCUGUACAUGUUCCGCGGUCCAACGCCGUGACAAUAACGUUGCAGCCUGGAGCUGUGGAGCGUGGCGUGACGUACCAGUCGGUCAUCGCCGAGGCCAAGGCCAAGAUCAAAUUAUCUGAUCUUGGCCUUCAGUCCGUCACCCUCAGACAGGCUGCCACGGGUGCACGACUGUUCGAGGUGGCUGGCACUGUGAGCGGCAGUGCCGAAAAGGCGGACGCACUUGCCGCCAAGAUGAGGGAGGUCCUCAACCCAGAGGACGUCCGGGUCUCCAGGCCAAUGAAAACCGCAGAGGUGCGGAUUGCUGGCCUGGACGACUCCGUGACCUCAGAGGAGGUGGUGGCGGCCGUUGCCAGAAGCGGAGAGUGUCCGCCGGACAAGGUGCGGGCUGGCGAUAUACGCACCGACGCCACCGGACUCGGCGCGGUCUGGGUUCGGUGCCCUGUAGCGUCGGCAAAGAAGAUCGCCGAUAGCGGCAGAUUGCUGGUAGGCUGGGUGGCGGCAAGGACCAAGCUCUUACAGCCCCGGGCUUUGCAGUGCUUUCGGUGCCUGGAAAAAGGGCACGUCCGGGCGAAGUGCACCGCCGAGGUUGACCGUAGUGACCUCUGUUAUCGCUGCGGCCAGCCUGGCCACAAGGCUGCCCUGUGCUCCGCGGCGCUCAACUGCAGCCUUUGUUCUGCUGCGGGAAGGCCAGCGGAGCACAGAGUAGGCGGAAGGGCUUGUGGGGCGCCUGCCAGCAAGAACAAGAAAAAGAAAAAGGAAAAGAAGAGGAGCACUAAGUCUGCCGGGUUAACCUCGCUGCCCUCGCAGGCUAGCAGCUCCGCGGCCGACUAG